AUGUCAGGAUUCCAGAUCGCCGGAAUUGUUCUUGGCGCUUUUCCCAUCGCCAUUAAUGCUCUCGAGGCAUAUCAGGACAUUGCGGAACGGGUUGGCCUUUUUCUCACCAUCAAAAACGAAUACAUAAAUUGGAAGAAUGAGCUGAAUUUCCAUAAGCUAUCAUUUACAAUCAACAUGAGACAGCUUCUGCUUCCUCUCGUAGCAGAUGACGACAUGAUUGCAGAACUCCUCAACGCACCAGGGGGCGAUCGUUGGCAAGAUAAGUCUGUUGCGGAACUCUUGGAGAAGCGUCUUGAAGGCUCCUAUGAACUAUAUAUGCAAUACAUACAGAAUAUGAGACGGAUAUUGGAAGAAAUAAACAGAGAGCUUCUCAUUGACUCCGAAUGGGCACAGAAAUUGCUUGCCAACUCAAAACUAACAUCAAGCAAACGAAUGAAACUUAAAACAUUCUUCUCAAAAGAGGGACUUGCGCAUCAAGUAUACAAAUUCAAGCUUUGCAACAAUGAAGCCCUGCGCAAAAGACUCUUUGGUGAACUCCAGGAAUAUAACGACAAGCUAGAAAGACUAUUGAAAACCAGCGAUGAAGGCUUACGCAUAUCGACACAUAGAAAGUCAACCCAACAAUCACAAACAAAUGACUUAGCCAUGUGCGGUUUCUGGAAGAAGGCGAAGAGCGCUUAUCAAGCACUGGCUUCUGCUUGGACUUGCCAAUGUCAACAACAUGACGCAAAACUGCUGCUCCAACAUCGGGUAGCAGGGAAGGCGGAGUUUGAUAUCACUCUGAAUGGGCGUAUUGCUGCUGAUUAA